UUUUUUUUUGGCUCACAACAUUUUCUCCGAUCGGAGGAAAACUUCAACGGAUUGGUAUUUGACUGUAUGAGUUCCUGAUGUGAUUCCUCGAGCGUUGUAUUUCUCUCUCUCUUUUUCAAUAUCGUCUUCAAUACCGUCUCGAAUUUCAAAAUAGAUGAUUCGACUUACUUCAUUGGAAGGAUCGAGGAGGAUUUGGGUACCAAUCUUUUGAUCCGACCAAACGUUGGUGAGUGUUAUGGGGUCGUUUUCGUUUUGGAAGUAAGAGCUGAUGUUCAUCCAUGGAUUCUAUUUGCUUCUCCCAAGUUCCUUAGUCAAUGUCUUUGUGUUUUUUUUUUGUUGGAAUAUUAAACUGUUAAUGAAUUUCUUAUGGUUGCGAAAUAUUAUCCAGCCUGAUCACAGUCUUGUUAAGAGUGUCUUCAUAUUAGUAGAAUGAGUAAAAGAAGAACAGACAAUGACACCGAGUCGGGAACAGCCACUCCGCUGGAUAGAUUCGGGUUCCUCAAGCAAGAACAUGCCAUUUCUCCUGAUCGUUUCAGCAAGGCUAGAACAACUGCAUCAUCCACUGACCAUGACAGAGAGGAGAGAAAGGUGAGGAAAUGGAGGAAGAUGAUUGGGGUUGGAGGCAGUGACUGGAAGCAUUACGUUAGAAGGAAACCUAAUGUUGUCAAAAGGCGUAUACGUAAAGGCAUCCCUGAUUGUUUAAGAGGUCUUGUUUGGCAGUUAAUCUCUGGUAGCCGUGACCUUUUGCUUAUGAAUCCUGGUGUUUAUGAGCAAUUGGUGAUUUAUGAGACAUCGGCAUCAGAACUUGAUAUCAUCCGAGACAUAUCUCGUACUUUCCCAUCCCAUGUUUUCUUUCAGAAGCGACAUGGACCUGGACAAAGAUCCCUCUACAAUGUCCUUAAGGCCUACUCUGUUUAUGACAGAGAUGUUGGAUAUGUUCAGGGGAUGGGUUUUAUAGCCGGUCUGUUGCUUCUCUAUAUGAGCGAAGAAGAUGCCUUCUGGUUAUUAGUUGCAUUACUCAAAGGAGCUGUUCAUGCUCCAAUGGAAGGAUUGUAUCAUGCAGGGCUUCCUCUUGUACAGCAAUACCUGUUUCAGUUAGAAAGCUUGGUAAAGGAGCUAAUUCCAAAGCUGGGAGAACAUUUUACCCAAGAGAUGAUCAAUCCGAGUAUGUAUGCAAGUCAGUGGUUCAUCACCGUCUUCUCUUAUUCAUUUCCUUUCCCUUUGGCUCUUCGGAUAUGGGAUGUGUUUCUCUCUGAGGGAGUUAAAAUUGUGUUCAAAGUGGGCUUAGCUUUGUUGAAGUAUUGCCAAGAUGAGCUGGUAAAGUUACCGUUUGAGAAACUGAUACAUGCUCUGAAAACUUUCCCUGAAGAUGCAAUGAAUCCGGAUACCUUGCUUCCAUUGGCCUACCCCAUUAAGGUAUCAAAGCGUUUGGAAGAACUGAAAGUGGACUAUGAGAAGACUAUUGCCAAACCUGUUCAACCAUAAGAAAACGGGUUAGGCUAAUAACAUGUACACAUGCGACUGGGAUUCGAAUUCUUUAAUCAUCUCUUAUCUUUAUCUUGUUGGAAUGUAUUCUUUCUAUCAUCAUUUUGGUCAAGUUGGGUGGGAAUCUUGUUAGCAACUUCUGGGAAAGAAGAAGGUAUAUAUGCCCCAGCUUUGUGUAGAUAGAUAUACUGACUUGUGCUUUGUAUUAAAAAAAUCUCGUUAUUAUUAAUGUGAAAGGUAUGUUUUAAAUC